AUGUCAGACGAAAUGCCGCAUAAGCGCCAGCGAGUUUCUAAGGCUUGUGAUACCUGUCGUAAAAAAAAAGUCAAGUGUGAUGGAAUCCAACCUUGCUGUGGUAAUUGUACAGCAUUUGGUUUUGAAUGCACUUAUAACGAUACAACAAAGAAAAGAGGACCACCCAAAGGAUAUAUUGAGGCAAUCGAGACUCGAUUGCAUAGAAUGGAAUCUCUUUUAGGUGGAUUGGUACAAAGCAAUGACCCUCGUGCAGAAGCUGUAUUAGCACAAUUAAUACAAGAUGAUGAUAUGGGAAUUCCUAAUCGUCGAUCAACUACUGGGCGUCCAGAUUAUAGUUCUUGGCGUAAUAGUAACGUCUCGAAUUCAUCUUCUACAUUAUCAAACAAUGUUGAAAAUAAAGAUGGUUCAUCAUCUUCAGUAUUUGGUUCACAUGAUCCAUUAACUACAUCUGACGGCAAACCUAUCGAAGAUUUGAAUGAUGUUAUGGGCGUAUUAAGUAUUGAUGAGAAUAAUCAAGUUAGAUAUCAUGGGAGAAGUAGUGGAUUAUAUUUGUUAAAAAAGGAUAAUAAAGAGGGAGUUUUGAGAGUACAAAAUCAAGGAGUUUGGCUUUCUGGAAAAGUUGUGGCAUCGACGAAUGAAUUUGAACUGUUAAAACAUCCGGAAUUGACUGAACUUCCAUCACAAGAAAUUUUCGAUCAUUUACUGGAAAUCUAUUUCACCCAUGUGCAUCCAAUUAUGCCAAUUAUUUACAAACCAAGUUUUUUUAAUCGGUUGAGAAAUAGGGAACCAUGUCCGCAUCUAUUACUGAAUUCAAUGCUUGCGUUGGCAUCAAGAUACUCGGAUAAUGCAGAGAUACAAAAGUAUCCGGAUAAACCUGAAUCUGUUGGGUCUGUUUUCUUUGAACGUGCAAAAGCAUUACUUGACUUUGAAUAUGAUCAUCCAAGAGUCUCCACGGUUCAAGCCUUGAUUUUACUUGCUCUAAGAGAAUAUGGGUCUGGAAAAGUUUCAAGGGCUUGGAUGUAUGCAGGAAUGUCUACAAGAAUGGCACAAGAUUUAGGAUUACAUCGUAAUACUGAACAAUGGGAUCCUAUAAAUUUCAGUCAUGAAGAAAAAGAAACUCGAAAGCGCGUAUUUUGGGGUUGUUUUAUUCUUGACAGAAUAUCAAGUGCAAAUAUUGGUAGACCGCUUGCGAUUGAUGAACAAGAUGUUGAUGUUUUAUAUCCUUCCGAACAAGAGGAAGAUGAAAAUGAACUUCUUCCGUUUAAAAUGGAUUAUCCUGUAUCAGCAAUUUCUUCCCCCAUAUCCUCGAAUACAAAGUUAUGCGAGAUCACUGGUCGAAUUCUUCACAAUAUCUACGCUAUUAGAUCCACCACAAAAUCUCACAAGGAAUCAAUUCUUUCUAUUCUGGACUCAUCACUUACAUCCUGGCUUAUUACUUUACCAGCAAAUCUUCAAUAUAAUCCAGCAGCGGAUGAACCACCAGCACCUGCUACAAUUACAUUACAUAUAAUGUAUUACUCGAUUAUAAUGCUACUUCAUCGACCUUAUUUACCAAAUGCAAAACAAUCAUCUAACAAAUAUACAUCAGCAGCCAAUUCGCUAACAGAAAUAGCGGAAAUACUGGUGAAACAGGGCACAAUGAAAUAUACCAUGAACUCUACAGUAUAUGCAAUAUUUAUGGCAGGUGUAUUACACACUUAUAAUGCAACACAAUCAGAGAUAAGUAUAUCUCAGCCCGCCAAAACGAAUCUAAUUAAAUGUAUAAAGGCAUUAGAAGAAUUGAAAAAAACUUGGGUAAAUGCUUACAAAUAUACUGAUCUAUUACAUGAAUUAGCAGAGAUCAAAAAUGCUUGA